AUGGCUAAAUUUGCACAAAAUGUUACGCUUCCUUUAAACCGUACAGGUGAUGAAGAAGGCGCUCAUUAUGAAAAUGGCAAAGUCACGACACCUGCUGGUUUUAAAGAAGCAUUCCAACAAUACGCUGAAGGCGGUUGGAUUGGCCUAGGUGCUGAUGAGGAAUGGGGCGGUCAGGCAAUGCCAAAAAUGCUGACCGUACUUGCAGAUGAAAUGUUAUUUGCAACUAACCCAUCAUUCAUGCUCUACCCGCUUCUCUCUGUCGGUGCUGCUGAACCUAACCAAGAUGGUACAUAUAACAUCACUGGUACUAAAAUCUUCAUUACUGGUGGUGACCACGAUCUUGCUGACAACAUCAUUCACCUUGUUUUAGCAAAAACACCUGAUGCACCUGCGGGUUCACGUGGUAUCUCACUCUUUAUCGUGCCUAAAUUCCUCGUCAAUGCUGAUGGUUCAUUGGGCGAACGUAAUACAGCUGGUCCCGGUUCAAUUGAACACAAAAUGGGGAUCAAAGCGUCUGCAACAUGUGUCAUGAACUUUGAUGCAGCCAAAGGUUUCCUUGCGCUUCUGAAUAUGCAUACCAAAAUGCAGCACAAUAUGCGACUGAUCGCGUACAAGGCCGUAGUGCGACAGGUGUUAAAUCUCCAAACAAACCUGCUGACAGCAUCCUUGUACAUGGUGAUGUACGUCGUAUGUUACUCAAUGCACGUGCCAACAAUGAAGCUUCUCGUGCAUUUGCAGUCUAUGUUGGUCAACAACUCGACAUUACUAAAUUUUCAACCGAUCCUGAAGCUGUAG